ACAAAAACUGUCAUUCUAGCCAACAUAAAAAGAGCUUUAAAGGGUUUGCAGCAUUUGACAGAAUUAUGUUACAAGCGUAAUGUAAAGGAACGUGUUCAAUAACAAUGAAGCUUUGGAGAAUCCUGUCAAGCAGAGCAUAUUAAAAGAUCUUGUUUGCAUGGAACCAAGAGGGAUUGUUAAAGCUUUCCCAAAAGUAAAGCGGUCAAGAGAAAGCUGCGACCCCGCAGAGAACAAAAAGAAGCUAAAGACAGAUGUGGACGAUCAAGGGAAAUGUUUUGCUGGAGUCCAUGCUCACAUUCUUUCUGCUGGGAUUGGUCAGGCCAGAUCAGGAAUAUUUCAGAAACAGAUCAUCCAGAAUGGCGGUCAGGUUUCCGGACAGUUUUGCCCAGAGGUGACCCAUAUUAUAGUGGAUGAAGGAAUGGACUGUGACCGCGCCUUUCGACUGCUGAAGUUGCAGAAGCUUCCGCCAGGUUUGCAGCUCAUAAAGUGCAGCUGGUUAAGCUUGUGCAUUAAGGAAAAGAAGAUUGUGAACACAGCGGGGUACAGCAUCUUCAUCCCGGAGAGGUACCUGGAUGUAAAGGACGAGGCAGCGCCAGAACAAAGACACGGGGAUAUUGUGGUUGACAGGAAACCAGAUGAUGAACGUCCACCAGCCACAGCCAGCUGCUCGCAAGCAGAACCGGCUUCUGAUGUCUCCAAGCUGAGUGACAGCCAAGACAAGAAAGUACAGGUCUCCAAUGAUGAAGCCAGCGAUGGAGAAGAUGGUGUCACACAAGGAGACCUGGAAGCAUUGAUGUUUGGACAACUUUCAAAGAACAAAGAUGAAGAAAAGAUGACUGAAGACACAGCAACAGUGGCAGGAAAGUGGGUGUGCGCCCACUCAUCCGAGAGUAAGAAGGAGAAUCACAACAAGUUUAUCACAGAUAAGCUGGAGGUGCUGGCCAAGGCGUAUUCUGUGCAAGGAGACCGAUGGAGAGCUCUGGGCUAUUCAAAAGCUGUAAAUGCUCUAAAAAGUUACCAUAAACCAGUGACCUCUGCACAGGAAGCUGCUAAGAUUCCUGGUAUUGGGAAGAAGAUGGCUGAUAAAAUUGAUGAAAUUUUGGACAGCGGUCACUUGCGCAAAAUCGACCAUAUAAGCGACAGUGUGACUAUUUUGGAGAUGUUCUCUAAUAUAUGGGGAGCUGGUGUCAAGACAGCCCAAAGCUGGUACCAGCAGGGUUUCCGAAGUCUUGAUGACAUCCGCACAAAGGCGAACCUGACCACACAGCAGGCUAUUGGCCUUAAACAUUAUGAUGACUUCCUAGAUCGUAUGCCCAGGGAGGAGGCCGGACAGAUUGAAGAAACUGUAAGAAAAUCAGCUAAAGUGAUAAAUCCAGAGCUCCUGUGCGUGGCCUGUGGCUCUUACCGGCGACAGAGAGCGACGUGCGGUGAUGUUGAUGUAUUGGUUACGCAUCCCGACGGCAAGUCUCAUAAAGGAGUUUUUAGCAAACUGCUUGACAGCCUUAAAUUGCGAGGAUUCUUAACUGAUGAUCUGGUGAGUCAUGAGGAGAACGGAAAUCAGAAGAAGUAUAUGGGAGUAUGCCGCUUACCGGGUCCCGGUCGGAGGCACCGUAGACUGGAUAUCAUCGUUGUGCCCUAUGGGGAGUUUGCCUGCGCGCUGUUAUAUUUCACCGGUUCGGCUCACUUCAAUCGCUCCAUGCGAGCUCUUGCAAAAACCAAGCGCAUGAGUCUAUCGGAACACUCCCUCAACAAGGAUGUGGUGCGAAACGGAAGCCUGAAGAUUAACCCUGGAUAUCCCCUUCCAACGCCGACCGAGAGACAUGUAUUUGAGAUACUCGGGCUUCCUUUCCGAGAGCCGCACGAAAGAGAUUGGUAGAUUUGUCGACAACUAGAAGGAAAGAUUAUGCGAGAGGUGGUCUACAAAUAUCUUGUUGUUCAAUUAUUCAUUCAUUAAUUAAGUACACGUUUGUCUAAGUAAAGCAGUGUUUUCCAAACUGUAUUUCCAGCUGUUGUAAAACUACAAUUCCCAGCAUGCCCGGACAGCCUUCGGCUGUCCGGGCAUGCUGGAAGUUGUAGUUUUGCAACAGCAGGAGACACACUGUUUGGAAGACACUGAAAUAAGGUCUCGGUGAUAAGCGGAGGUCUAGCUGUUAGUGUGCUAUGUUUGCCAGGGCAGGAGUCAGUCUUUGCAAUGGCUUUUAAAGGACUGAUAAUGAAAAAAAUUGUCCCAAAAAAAUUGUCACACUCCCCUGGUCCCCUGCCACUGCUCUCAACCGGUCUUUACUUCCUAUUCCUUCUCAACACAGGACAUGUGACAGCUACAGCCGGUCACUAGCUCUAACAGGUCACCGAUUUAGUGAUUUGCUAUAAUGGUCACAUGGCCAAUAUGGAGAGUUAUCAGGAAGUAAAUUCUGUGUGUCGACCAGGCAGGCAUUGCAAUAGUAGUGUUAUUUGGGAACAGUAUAAGGGUGCGUUCACACCGCGGAAUCUCCGUUCGCUGAAUUCAGCGAGCGGAGAUUUCGUCUGGCGUCCGCCGACGAAAAAUACUUCGGCGUUAGGGCCGCGGGGCACUGAGCCGUCACCAUUGAUGCGUGGAAUCCCUGCAAAGAAUGAACAUGUUCUUUCUUUGCGCGGAACAGUUUCGGGUCUCGCAUUCACACUAAUGUUAAGUUCACACCGCGGAAUUCCGUAGUGUGAACGUACCCUAACAUUCUGAGUAGAGAUGAGCGAACUUACAGUAAAUUCGAUCGUCACG